CUCGAACUUCAGUAUUUCAGUAGUUACUUGACGUUUUAUCAUUCAGAAUGAGAGAUUUCGAUUAUUCGAUUAUGUUAUUGUUGGGAUAUCAGAAUUAUUAACAACAAUAAUAUAAAAUCAUAUUAUCGUUGCUCCCACGCAAAUAUUGCAUAUCUCAUAAAUUACAUUUAGGUUCCUGUGACUUAGAUAACUAAAACCGUAAUAUUGUCGUCGAAGUAAAACACUGUGCGACUAAAUAAUUAUUAAUAUCGUGUUUAAAAUUCCAUAAUGAACAGUAUUAGUAGUAUAUGUAUGACUUUAUUUAUUGUAGUGGUUUUGUUUAAUGUAAAAGUGUGUUUAUCGCAAUAUAGUAAACCAUGGAGAGACAUGUACGAAAAUAAUAAGUGCCCCAAAUUAUAUCCGAAGAAUUUUUUGAACUACAUGCCAGUUGGUAAUCUAACAGCUGGAAAUUACACAGAGAAACCAGGUUUAAAAGGUUUGAAACAAUGUGUGAUGGAGUGCUGCAUGUCUGAGUCCUGCAAUAUAGUGUUUAUAUAUGACCAGAGGUGUUUCCAUGUGGAGUGUGUAAGUGACGAACUAUGUCUACCACUACAGAGGACUGGGAGCCGAAAAUGGGAGGCCUCACAUGUCUCCAUGAUACUUGUAAAACCAGUACUACCUAAUGAGAAUUGGUCAGAUAUAUUAGAUCAAUCUGGCUACAGACAAGUGAACAAUAAUUUUUCUCCAGAAGAGGAGUCGGUGUACUCUCCGUAUUCAAUAAACCGUAAUGACCUACUCAAUGGUGAUGAAGCUUCUACAUUUUUAUCACGUUUCCUCAAUAACUUACCUACUAUGGAUGAGGAUGAAGCACGAAACUUUGACAAGUACCGAGACAACAAUGACAGUGAUAUGAUAAUGGAUACAAAUAGUUUUCUAGAAAAAAUACCAUGCGAAGUGGAUGCUGGUGAUUGCCCUUUUAACUCUGUGUGCAUACCACUUGGUAUGAAACUACGGAAUGGCAUUUGCAAAUGUGUACCAGGUACAGAAGAGAAUGCACAGGGUGCAUGUGUUCAAAUAAUAAGACCUUUCUCCAAAGGGCCAACAAUACCAGUUGAUGCCAUGAAGAAAAAUGAUGAUGUUGAUUCAAAAAAUGACAUACUUAAAACUGAAACUACUUCACAGAAAAGUAUUCAAACUUUGACAGUUUCCAUCUUGUCAAAACAGGUACAACUACCAGACAAUGAAGUGACCUUGGCAGCUUACACUAUUCCAGAUGAGAAAGCAACAAUGAGCCAUUACAAUUAUGUAUGGACACUUGUUGAUCAACCAAAGGGAGGCUUUACAGGUAAUAUGAAUCAAAAUGGUGCAAAAGUCACGUUAACUGAUCUAACAGAAGGUCAAUACCGUUUUAAAGUGACGGUAAACGGGACGAAUUCGUACGGGGAAGGUUUUGCGAAUGUUACCGUAUUGCCACCUCAUCGUGUGAAUACUCCGCCCCAAGUUGUUAUAACGCCGCAAAGUCAAACCGUCAAGCUUCCUAAUACGGUUGCUGUUCUUGAUGGAAGUGCUAGUAAGGAUGACGACGCAAUUAUUUCUUGGCACUGGGACUUGACAUCUGGUCCUAUUGGCUACCAACCUCCUUUACAAGAUGGACCUACGCUACUCCUGAACGAUCUGAAGCAGCCAGGAAACUAUACCUUCAAAUUGACAGUUGAAGAUUCCGACCAUGUAAAGAAUUCAACGACAGCUAAUAUAACUGUGUUAAAUCACACUGAUUAUCCGCCUGAAGCUAAUGCCGGCCAAGACGUUAUAAUAUAUUUACCGAACAAUAACUUGACGUUAAACGGGAGUCUCUCGACCGACGACCAUGAGAUCACUUCCUGGGAAUGGACAAAAUCGGCUGAAGAUGAGAACAAGGCAGUCGACAUGCAAAAUACACACUCACCUUAUUUACAACUUUCAAAUCUAUCGGAAGGCGUAUACACGUUCGUUCUAAAAGUGACGGACUCCUCAGGCCAAUCCUCCACUGCAGAGGUCCAUGUCUUCGUGAAACCACCGACCAACACCCCACCUGUAGCUGAAGCCAGAGCAGAAUCCUUCAUAUCACUGCCUCAAACUUGGAUCAUCCUGAACGGUUCGACAUCGCACGAUGACCAUAGGAUAGUCGCGUACACCUGGCGUUGUCUCUCCGGUCCUACUAACUCUAACAUAAUCAAUUUUAACGAGUCAGUCGCGAAUGCCACCGCUCUCACCAAAGGACAAUACGUCUUCUCAUUGACUGUACUCGACGAUAAUGGAAACUCUGCAUCUGAUAAUGUCACCGUCACCGUAACGCAAAAUAAAAACAGUCCUCCAAAAGCGGAUGCGGGCGGAGACUUAGUACUAAACUUGCCAGUGUCGGUGUUAAUACUGAAUGGAUCAAAAUCCUCGGAUGAUUUCCGCAUAGUCUCGUGGAAAUGGAGUCGUUCCCCGUCCGGCCUUGCUGCCGGCACUGUCAUCCUGAAUUCUGAUACACAACCCGUGUUAAUGCUGACGAAUAUAGAAGCAGGUAGAUAUGUAUACGAACUAACAGUAACAGAUGAUCAAGGAGAGUCAGACAAAGACACAGUAAGUGUCCAAGUGAAGCCUGAUCCUUUAGAAAUGAACCUAAUGGAGUUGACCCUGAACAUUCCAAUAUCGGCCUUCACCCAGAGUCAAUUAGACUCACUAGUACAAAAGAUGACCUUGCUCCUUAAGGACGAUAUUAGAGUCAACGUCACCGAAGUUCACGGACAAAUCGAUUCUGGAAAUACUCAGCUGAUCUUCUUCCUAUCAGAACAGGGUAAAGCAGUGGAAGGGAUACGCGCGCUGUCCUUAGUGCGGGGUACGUCGGGAGCGUGGGGCGCGUGGGGCGGGGCGCGCGUGCGCUCGCUGCGCUGCCUGAGCGCGUGCUCGGGCCGCGGCGUCUGCGACCACGCCACGCGCACCUGCCGCUGCGACGCAUUCUGGAUGCAGAGUCUACUCUCACAGCUCGAUCCUGAUGCGCAACCCGACUGUGAAUGGUCGGUGGUAUACGCGAGCCUGGGCGGGGUGGCGGCGCUAUGCGCAAUAGGCGCGGCCAGCUGGGCGGUGGCGCGCGCGCUGCGCAAACUGUGCGCCCCGCGCAAGCCCCGCGCGCGACCCAAGUACCGCCUGCUGCCGCUAGCCGACCACGAGGAGAAACCAUGUAAAUAUUUUACAAGUAAAGACUUAUCGGAGAGUGAGACAGAUUCGGACGUGUUGUUCGAAACGAAGAGUAAGACAACAUCGUUUGGCACCCGCGUCAUGAACGGCGAGGCGUCACAGGGCAACGGCUGGAAGAAGAACGGCCAUUACAAGAAUUCCCGUAAAGUGAAGACGUAGCUCAUCGCAAUGCGACUGAGCUGCCUUCGAAUAAAGUCGGCUUUUAGUCACUGUAAGUAAAAACUUACAAAUAUACUUCCACAUUGACACGGACAUUACAUAAAGACACGUUGCCAUUCCAAAUUGUGUAUAAAACUACGCAUAAUGUGAUUGCAAAUAGUUUAGAACAAAUGCUAGAAUAAAUUGUAAUCGCCUAAAUCGUUAAUGUUUAGAAUAAGUUAGUAAGCCAACGAUUUGUAUAAGUGUGCAGUGAAGUGUAUUUAUGGAACCGUAAGCUACUUAUUUAUACUUAUGUAAUUUGUUGUAAGAACUUCGCGCACAAUUACAGUUUGUGCCUACCGCAUGCCUAGAGCAAAACAAUGCUAGAUUUAGGCCAGUAGUCAAUAAAUAUUUUAGUACCAAAAUAAUGACCAUUACAACAUCAUUUCAGCUCUACCAAUAGUAUCGGUAUUCUAAUAUUAGUAGUUAUAUAAUAACAGUUCUUCAUAUCGAUAACUUACUGUAAGUAUUCAGUUCUUAUGUGGCACAUUAAAAAGCAAUAUAAAAUGUUAAAUAGCACGUAGUUAACCAACUAGUAGCAGUUACAAUUUUGCAACUAAUCCAGUGAUCGUUUCUUUUCUGUCUUACAUAAAUACUCGCCUACUUAUAUGAAUACAGUGCACUCACAUCUGACUAGUAUAUAUUUGUUUAAUUAUUGUAAAAGCAUAUUUAUUUUUUAAUUGAAUCACAAGAACAAACACUGCAUGUGUCGCAACCUACCAGUUUAAGACGUUUUAUUAACAGCCAAGUCUGUUUAAUUUAUUUUAUAUACAUAUGUAUUUUUUGAUGUAAACAUAGUUGUGACGUCACUACCAUCAAUUUUAUAAACAAAUACUUAUAUAUCAUUUACACAUAAUCUAUUAAGUCUAUCUGUUUAGUAUUAAAAGUAUUGAAUUUAACUAGCGGUGAUCGUCCCCAAUAAUCGUUCUAACUUAACCAAACCUACCAUUUUGGUAGCAACGUUUAAUUGGCAAUUCCGUCACCCGUCAGGUAACGGCCGGUAUGAGAAAUGUUGCCAUCCAAUCAAAUAGCUAAAUCACUGCGACACAUGUUAGUUUGAUCUAGUUUGAAUGAGUUUAUUCUAAAUUGUUUAUUACAAUUGAACAUUUUAUAUGUAUAAAUCACCAAAGCAUAUUCAGGACUCAUUUCCUUAUUUCUAAAAUACAAAUUUUAAAAUUGGAAACAAUCAACAUACAAUAAAAACAAAAAUGGCUAUGAAAUAAUGAAUCAAUAAUAUAGUUUGUAGUUUCUAGAUUAAGAUAAGUUUUUUACAUAUAAACAGUGCAUGAAUAGGGUUGCUGUGUGCCACGAUCUGUUUCGUUUUUAUUUUUUUGCACGUUUUUUUUCCAGCUAUAGGGAAUUAGAGAGAUAUGAGCAAAUUUCGAGCACAAAAAUGUAUAAUAGUUUAUAUUGACCAAAUAGAGCAACCUUAUUGAUGUAAAUAUUAUAUACUUAUAUUUUUUGUAUUGAAAUUUAAUCAGAUACAAAAUUAUUGAAAUCGUUAUUAGUAUUAUGUACCUAAAUCGUAGGCAUAAAAUCAUUUGUAAAUCUGAGAAGUAGGUUAUACAAUAAUUAUUAUAUCGUAAUUUAUGUAAAAAGAUCGUGCAGAAUAGGAAUACUUGCCUAUAGAUCAUUUUUAUUUACAAAAUAUAGGCGCGAAUGUCAAGGUCCACAGAUAAAAUUUGUUAGCAGAUAUCCGAAGCAAAUUAUUACUUAUAUUUUUUUAUUUUACAUAUAUGUCUAUGUAUAAUUGUUUUGCAUAAUAAUAUAAACAAUAUAAGAAUAAGAAUUAUAGAACUCAAUAAGACAUUUAUAAAACAUGAAUUGUUCUUUAAAUAGCUUGUCGUGUUCGCAAUCUCGCCAUAAUAAUAUUUGCCUUAUUUUAAGUGAUUUAUUGAAGUGUUGUUAAGGUUACAUAAGAUAAUGGCGUUGAGUGAUUUUUAGUUAUAAUAUUGCAUAAUUGAAUAUUCUAGUCCUGUUAAGUGAUAAUAUUUUAGAUUAUAGACUAUUGGGUUUAAUGACAAAUGUUUAUGUAUUUCAUUUUAUUGUGAUUUUGACUAGUAUUUUAUUACUUGAGUGUACUUAAUUUGUUCGGAAAUAAAUUCGUAUUUAUGCUUAAAAAGUUGUUUAAAAUUACUGCAACUCGAUCUUUAACCUCCGCUAGCAGUACCUAGGUAUUAAAACAAGACGCAAAUAUUUAUUAAUUAGGUAUUAUGAGAAACAAGUUAUCGUAGAAAAUCUUUUAAUAACCAACCUACUAACAACCUGUCUAUUGUGUAGAUGCAAUCAUCAGUCAGGACACGAAACCAGGGAAUUAACAUGAAGGUCGCAAUAAAACGCACCGCGCUAUUGUAAACAGUUUAUUUCUUAUACAAAAUUUAUUGCUUUCUUACAAUAAUGUUGGAUGCACAAAGUUCAUUCGUACGGUGAUUGAACACUUCAUUGUCUAUUUAGGCAGAAUAGGCACUGGACCAAAAUAGGUAGGCACCAAAGGGCAAACAAUAUGCACCCGUUACUACGACUCUCAAACUCAACUAGGUACAUUAUAUUUUAUGACUCAAUCACCAAACAUGCUCCUAGAGUAGACCUUAGAUCAUAUAGUAUCAUUCUCUCCAGAAUUUAUUAUUAUUGUACGAUGACAUGUCGGUUUCCGGCUUAUUUUUAGUCAAGAGUCAAAGUCCGUCAAAAUCGUGUUCGAUGCGGAGUCAAAGUCCAUCACAAUCGUUGUCGCCGUGUCGUGUAAUCAAUUCUAGAGAGAAUUAGUGCAUAACCAUACCAUAAGCCGGGUCUUUGAUCUAGAACAAUGCACUCAAUUAAUAAGCCGUAACAUUUUUUUCUUGCUAGCCAUUUCUAUAGAAAGCUCUUUUAAAAAACAUGUACCUAAGUCUACCCAUCUAUUCCAACAACAGUUAAUAUCUAUAAGCUAGUACAUUUUUGGUAUUUCCCAUAAAUAUUAAAUAAAGUAUAAAAUCUUUAUUAUAAAAACAAUAGUGAAUACAACACACCAGCCUACUCAAUAUCAAUCUCUAGCGGCAAUUAACAAUUUCUCUAUCAAGGUUACAAAAAAAAACAAAGUAAAUAACAAAAAAAUAACCUACCAGAUAAUAGACCAAUCUGUUACACUUCUAAUUAACUCUUAUCGUAUUGUGUUUGGAAUGAUAUUCACUAUAUCAAAGAAUUAUCUUUAUAAUUACAUUGAUACAAAGUUCGUUAUAAUUUCUUCUUAAAAAUAUUUCAACAAUUCAUGACUCUUUAGCAAGAGCAUCUGAACAUGAAAAUAUUUACGAUAUAGUUACGAAUAAAGCUUAAUAUCAAUCAACACUUGAGAAAUACGAAAAUUCUUGCGAUAUUUUAAGUAAAAUGCCUAUUACGUUGUCACUCUUCCACACUCACAAUAUUCAGGCCAAUAAGCAAUUAAUUUGUUUUUCGUUAUUAUAUUAAAGCUUCACAAGUACAUAUUUUUAAUGGUGACAUAUUAUAUAAAGAGAUACGUAAGUUAUUAUUAUUAUCUAUAAUAAAGAAUCAAGUCAUGCUAGCGAGUACGAUUAGAUUUAACUACAGUACGAUAUAUAUAAGUACUUAUUUAAAUAAUUAACUAUUUAAACUGUAAACUUUUUAUUUGUACGUUAGAAUUGGUACUCACAAAACCUUAAUUUACUGAAGCAGCGAAAUAAAUGAAUGCUGCUGACAGUGAGUAUUAUUUUUUGAAUAAAUAGUAUAUUUAUUGCUGAGUUCAUUCACAACCAAUGUCUGUUCAUGUUAUCAUUGUAAGUGGUUAUCUCAAUUAUAAUUACGUAAUCAACAAAUGAGUCGUAUUGAGAAUUAUGCAGUAGAUAAAAUAUAAGUUUGUCAUACCACAACCACUUAACAAUGGCUAAAAAUUGCUCAGUCAUGAUGAUAAUUUAAGAAAAAAACACUAAUAGUGUCACUAUUAUGAUAAGCUGUCAAGUUUCCAAUAAUAAAUAAAUGUUGUUUAAGAAAUAAAUCACUGCUUGUCCUUCCUCAAAAUAAAUGGCUGUAUAUAGGUUCUGUAACAGUCAGAAACUUCUAGAAUAAAUGAGACUGUAUACCAAUUGAUUUUAUCAAGCCCCAUUUUCAAAUGUUAGCAUAAAUGAAGUGUACAGAGAACACUUCUAGUAAAAGAUACUAAAUCUAUACACAAUUACUUACUUAGGUAUCCAUUACUAGUGUGUAUAAAAUAAUAUUAUUCUUUAUAUUAUUAACAUUUUUAGGUAAAUGUUUGGGCUGGAUACAGAUGCAUCAUUAAACAUGCAUAAACACCUUAUGGGGUUAUUAUUAUCACUUCCUUCAAGACCAAAUAAUAAGAUAAAAAGAAAUGCAAAUGGUUUACUUAUAAUAUUACUCUUUCUCAAAUAAUAUCUAAAUCUAAAUAUCUUUCCAAAGCCCUAGUUAAAAUGCAUCCUACUUCAUAAACCAUCCACCAAUAAAAAUAAUAUCUUAAACAAAUUACAAACCUCACAAAUACAUGAGAUUGCUACCAGGCUCUUUUAGCUAAAUAAUCACUAGCUCAAUCAUUAUUUAGCCUUUUUCUUUCCAGAUCUUACAGUUUUUUCAACCUCAUUAGACCAAACUGCUUUGUUGAUUUUUUCUCCUAAACAGUAUGCACCACAAGCAAAUGCUAGGCAGAAUAAGUAGAAACCUAUUCUCAAGGGCCAGUUAAGAACAUUCAAAAUAGGGUACACCCAAAUACCAGUAUUGAAGUAGAUCACAUGUACCCAAAUUAAAUAGCAAAUCAUGAAAAAAGAUAGAAUAGUAAGGCCAGAUUUUCUCUUAGGAUACAUUCUGAAUGAUGUAAGUAGUUCUAUCAGUAUGAAUACAACUAUAUUUGUAUGCAUCACAUGGUUAAGCCACAUUGGAAAGUAUGCAUCCAUGCUUCUGGGCAAAAUCAACUCUCUAUCAAUGGCAUAUAUGGCCCAAAAUGACACUCCAACAAAAAUAGCCAGUGGGAAAGCUAGAGCACUAAACACUCUGUCCUUCAAUCUCCUGAUGAGGGGUUUCUCUGAUGGUGAUGGUUCAUUAUUGCCAACAAUAUCAUUGAGGAAUGCCAGAGUGAAAUAUGCAGUUUGUAUCAUCUGUAAACCAAAUAAAAUUGAUAAACUAUCAAUAACAUACAAGGCCAUUAUUUUAUUUUUCUUUUAUCACAAUAAUAAUACACAAAUAGUUACAUAAGACUUACCGCAUCAAGGUAUGUUAAAUAUUUGAAUUUGCCUCCAUAUGGAGUGAAUGAAGUUGGAGUUGCUGGAAUAUUGACAUAAACGUAGUCAUAGUAACAUCCGUAGAAGAAUUGGAUGGCUCCAAAUAGAUGGAACAAUUUCUUCAUCAUGACUAUUGCGGCUGCAAAUAAAAAAAAAUUUAUCUAGGUUCAUUUAUUCACAAUUUAGUUCACCAUUUAGAAUUCCGGUUACAACUGAUGAAUUGUUUU